AUGUCUCACAGAAAGUACGAAGCACCACGUCACGGCCACUUGGGGUUCUUGCCAAGAAAGAGAGCUGCCUCCAUCAGAGGUAGAGUCAAGGCUUUCCCUAAGGACGACAAGUCCAAGCCAGUCGCGCUAACCUCGUUCUUGGGUUACAAGGCUGGUAUGACCACUAUCGUCAGAGACUUGGACAGACCCGGCUCCAAGUUCCACAAGAGAGAGAUCGUCGAGGCCGUCUCUGUCGUGGACACCCCACCAAUGGUGGUUGUCGGUGUUGUCGGCUACAUCGAGACUCCAAGAGGUUUGAGAUCCUUGACCACCGUCUGGGCCGAGCACUUGUCCGACGAGAUCAAGAGAAGAUUCUACAAGAACUGGUACAAGUCCAAGAAGAAGGCGUUCACCAAGUACUCCGCCAAGUACGCGCAGGACGGCGCCGCCAUCGAGAGAGAGUUGGCCAGAAUCAAGAAGUACGCCUCUGUCGUCAGAGUGCUAGCGCACACCCAGGUCAGAAAGACCCCACUUGUCCAGAAGAAGGCCCACCUAGCUGAGAUCCAGUUGAACGGUGGUUCCGUCUCCGAGAAGGUCGACUGGGCCAGAGAGCACUUCGAGAAGACCGUGUCCGUCGACUCCGUCUUCGAGCAGAACGAGAUGAUUGACGUCAUCGCCGUCACCAAGGGUCACGGUUUCGAGGGUGUUACCCACAGAUGGGGCACCAAGAAGCUACCAAGAAAGACCCACAGAGGUCUAAGAAAGGUUGCCUGUAUCGGUGCAUGGCAUCCAGCCCACGUCAUGUGGACUGUGGCCAGAGCCGGUCAAAACGGUUACCACCACAGAACCUCGAUCAACCACAAGGUCUACAGAAUUGGCAAGGGCGGUGACGAAGGCAACGCUGCCACCGAGUUCGACAGAACCAAGAAGACCAUCACCCCUAUGGGCGGCUUCGUGCACUACGGUGCCGUGAACAACGACUUCGUCAUGGUCAAGGGUUCCAUCCCAGGUACCAGAAAGAGAGUUGUCACCUUGAGAAAGUCUCUAUACACCUCCACCUCCAGAAGAGCCUUGGAGGAGGUCAACCUAAAGUGGAUCGACACCGCCUCCAAGUUCGGUAAGGGUCGCUUCCAGACCCCUGCUGAGAAGCACGCCUUCAUGGGUACCCUCAAGAAGGACUUGUAA